AUGCCAGAACCUGAAAAUGUAACGAUGAUCCCCAUCCUGCUACCCUCUGCGACCCCUUCUUCUCUCGCCGCCACACCACGGUUUCAACGGGCGACCCCGACGGUCAGGGAUGACAUUCAGACGAAUGUUGACGACAACGACGACGACGAGGCCGACUCAGCAAUUUCGUCAAAGGGCCGCUUGAUCGCUACCACUGGCGGGGGAGAUAUACUUGAUUUCGACGACGACGAAACCCAUCAAACACUCUCGCCGCUGUAUAUUCGAGGGGUUCGUGUAGCAGAGGACGUGGAAGAAGAUGACCAUGACCCCGGAAACGAACCAUCAUCACCUCUGCAGCAUCGACUGAGAGAUCCCGGCCCAGCCACCAAACGACGCAAGGUAUCUCACCCUGGAACUAACGUCAGUGCUGCGCCCAUCGCCAUCUCCUCCUCUUCCCCAGAACACCAUGACCUUGAUGAGACGAGUUUCCAGAUCGACGCCGACUCUCCCACCUCGCUGUCCGAUCUAGAGGACGACAUCGGCCAGCCUAGAAGGCCAACAGCGGCAUUCAACGACUCGUCGAGCAGGAUUUCCCGCUUCAGGCCCAUCCCCACGAGUACUCGAGGCUUGACUCUACACAGCCCCGUCGUCUCGAGGACCGUCUUCAAACCGCCCGGCCCAGACGACCCCGCUGCGCGUGCAUCGACCGGCAGCGGCACCGGCACCGGACCCGUUCUCCCGGACAUCUUCUCGCCCUCGCGCCGCCGCGGCAAGAGGGACUAUCUCCCCGGCGGCAGCGCGUCGCUGGUCCGGAGCUGGGUGCUGGACAUCGCGACGCGAGAGUCCCACGUCGAAUUCCCCGCAGAGGAAACGCUCCAGGUAGCCCAGGUCGAGAGGGACGCUAGUGGCCGGUUCGUCCUCGUGUCCGACGACCAGGGCCACCGGUGGCUUCUGCCGGAACAGCAGCACGAGAGACCCGGUAGUGGUGGCGGUGGUGGCAGCAGACGCUCCAGCCUCGACCACUCAUGGUCAGAUGUACGUCCCGGGUCACGGAUCCUCAUCAAGGGCAAAGCUACCAGGUGGACUAUCGAUCUAGGGUCGCAAGGUCUGGGUGAUGUGGUUGUCGCUGCAUAUUGGGAACCCACCACCUCCCCGGGUUGA